GCAUGUGUUGCAUGCGCCCGACCAACCGACUGAGGGAUCCAGAAAGAAUAUAGAAUGGCGGCAGAAUUGAAGAAGCUUGCUGACAAUUUCCUUGAAGACCAGUCAUCAUGGGAACCGUCUAUCUUUCUCGGAGCUGUCCGAGAGCUGGUGGAUAGAGAAGAGACCAGUGCAGUCCUUGAAAUUCUACAGAAUGGCAGUUAUAAGGCUCUGGUGGAGACAGUAGCUUGGGACCUCCUGCCGAUAAUCACCCCACAUGUCAGUGACACUGAGACAAACAACGAUGUUUACAAGGACUCGGCACAGAUACUCAAUGACUUGGCAGAGAUUGGGAAACCUAAAGAGAUGAUCUUGGGUUAUCUAGAGCAGCUUGAUCGUUUCCUUGACGAUGGCACCUACAGAAUACUCCUUAAACCACUCUCAACAGUUUUGAUGCGAUUUGGCCUCACCAAGAGUCAUCAGAUGAAUCAGUCGUUUAUUCUGCUACACACCCAUCUACAGACUGCAAAGUUUCCCAGCAGUGAGGGCUUAGAUGAGAAACAGAGACGUCUACUACUGGAGGAUCCGGGCGUCCACAAGCUCGGAAGGAACACCAUAGCUGUUCUGGAAUUCUUGGCUCCUUUCGUCUUCCAAGUAGAGCAAAUGCUGUAUGGCAAUGUUAAAGAACUUUCAAAACUGGAAAGAAUAGAGGUGGAAAACUCCAAGAUUGAAAUUGCAAAAUUCUUGAUCAGAAUACUGGACUACCCGUUGGCGAGGACAGACCUGGCAUGGAAAGAGACAGAAGAAGACUCGGACAAACCAAGAUAUAAAACAGAUUUCAGAUUGUGUGCAGAACAAGCAAUGACAUACCUCUCUAGGCUGCAAUUCAGCUUCAACCAACUCUUGUGCUACGGUAAAGAAUUCAAUCUGCCUAUAGCGCCCUCAUCGGAGGCUGAUGAUCUAGGUGAGGAGGACCUGGGUCCGGGAGACAUCAAGGGACUUCCUGUUCUAGGUCUGGGUUGCUUUGUCUAUCUAGUCAAGGUAGAAGAGCUCAGAGAGGACAGACUACCAAAUGUCUACAGCUCUGAAUAUCUGCUACAACUCACUAGUGUGUACAUUGCAGCCUUGCUAAGGAGACCAGAAGAGGAACCCGUCCUCAAAGGCUUGUACUUACUGUCCUUGCUGGUAGAUGGAAUUGAGGAUGCAGCACUACAUCACAGACUCCUUGACAACACGUUCUAUGAAGACCUCCCACAAAUGUUAUCCGUUGUCAUGGUGAUGAGUCCUCUCAACACCAUUAGGCAAGCAGCACUUAGAGUCUUCUCCGUAUACAUUCGUAAAUUUGACUGGAAGGGGCGCUACAGGCUGCUACAGCUACUGCUGAAGAACACGGUCCACUCAGGUGUCUGCGGAAUGGUCAUUGGUAUGGUUAAAGAUAAUGUCCAUCACACAUUACAGCACCAUGAUAAUGAAUGGUUUGUUGGUCAGCGGUUAGGGGAUCUCUUCUCUCUCAUUUUUUCAUUACCCAAUGGGGCAGAGAGUGACAUGCUUGAAUUAUCAGACAAGGUGAUGGCCGCUCUCAACUGUCUACGAUUCCUCCUCCUGAGGGACCUGGUGAGUGUGAACGAGACCGGUAUCUGGUCUCACAUACCUCACAUCGAGCAGGGCUUCAUCGCACCCCUUCACACCGGUAUCAAACUAUCCAUGGCGCACUACCAGGCCAGGAUGACGGCCGUUGUCAAUGAACACAAGGCUCGAGGAAAGAAUAAAUCAGCCGCCGUUCCUACUUCCACUAUGACCGUGGCUGGUCAUCAACUCCCAGUCAUGCCCCCAUCUCAGCAAAUGCAUGUAAUGAAGUCAGCAUGCCAUACCUAUGAGCUGAUGCAGAGCAUUGUGGGACGGGUGAGGGACAUCCUAUCUGCCAAUGAGAGGUCGUCAGAACCUCAGAGGUCGGAGGUCAAAGGUGAAAGCAUGAGUUGAUCAAGAGAGAGCAUUAGGACAGUCAUUUUCUGCUAGCUGUAAUAAUGAUGGAUUCAAUACUCUGUUUGGGUCACGAAACAUUAUUAUCCAAGGUCAAAGGUGAAAGCAUGAGUGGGUCAACAAGACAGGGUCAGAACAGUUAUUUUUUGCUUUGCUGUUGUCAUGGUGAAUGCAAUACUUCAAAUGGAUUACAUGACUUGCCUAUAUGUCAUAGGUCAAAGGUGAAAGCAUGAGUUGAUCACGAGACAGAAUUAGGACAGUCAUUACAUGUUUUAUUAUCAUGAUGGAUUCAAUACAAUGACUGGGUCAAGUGACAUUAUUUCUAGCCACUUUUAUAUUGGACAAAUAUCACAAUAGUGUUCAUAUUUCAGAUGCCAUUGAUGGAUUCUAAAACAAAUCAACUGGGUCAGAGGCUGAGAUGGCAAGUGUUUUCAAAUCAACAUUAUAUUGGAGAAGUUUUUUAAUAAUCUUCUAAAGCCACGUUUUGGGGGUAACAUGAGAACGGUGACAUUGCAAGACCAACAUUGGUCAUGCUUGUUAUUGUGACAUUAUCUAAACAUAAUUUAAACAUAGUUUAAACAUAAUCUAAAUAUAGCCCUCAAGAUUUGUAAGCAUUGCACAUCAAACAAAUGUCUUAAUAAUAAAAGAUACCAGGAAAAUGAA